GAGACGUUUGGCUUACAUUUCCUCUUCUAUUUAUAUAAAAAAAAAAAGUAUUUCUUUUUAACAUCUUCUCGAUUUUUUUUUUUGUUUCAUUUCCUCUCGAAGAUUCAUUGAUCAGAAAAAAGGUGUAACUUUGGAAUCAAAAUGGCGUACGAGGAAAACUUUCAGCAAAACUCCAAACCGAAGUAUGAUUGUCUUUUAUUUGACAUAGAUGACACUCUCUACCCUCUAAGUUCUGGUUUGGCCACACAAGUUAAAAACAACAUUCAAGAGUAUAUGACUCAGAAACUUGGUAUCGAAAAAGAGAAAGUCCAAGAACUUUGCCUUUCGCUUUAUAAAAUCUAUGGAACAACUAUGGCUGGUCUUAAGGCUGUGGGUUACGACUUCGACUACGACGAUUUCCAUCGUUUUGUUCAUGGGAGAUUGCCAUACUCAACACUGAAGCCUGAUCCAGUUUUGAGGAAUAUUAUUCUUAGCUUGCCUAUUCGGAAAGUUGUUUUCACGAACGCUGACAAGGCUCAUGCAGCCAAGAUUAUUGCCAGGCUAGGCCUAGAAGACUGCUUUGAAAGAAUCAUAUCUUUCGAGACUCUGAACCCCAACACCAAAACUGAAACCCCUGCUGCUAAGGGAACCAGAGAAAUCUUCGACAUAAGCAGUUACAUGGCAAAUCCUGACCCAAGCAUCGAAAUCCCAAAGACUCCGGUUAUAUGCAAACCAUCUGAAGGAGCAUUCGAACAGGUUUUCAAGAUGACCAACAUCAAUCCUCAUAAGACUUUGUUCUUUGAUGACAGCAUCCGCAACAUUCAAACUGGGAAACGUGUGGGUCUCCACACCGUAUGGGUUGGGACCUCGCACAAAGUGGAAGGAGUAGAUAUCGCUUUGGAGCAUAUUCACAACAUUCGUGAAGCUCUUCCUGAACUUUGGGAAGCUGUUGGUGACAUAGCCGAGGAGACUAGAUCCAGGCAAAAGGUCGCCAUUGAAACCAUUGCUUAAGCUAAUGUUUUCACUCACAUUAGCAGCUGAUAGUAACAAGAUAGAGCUACUUAAUUAUUCACUCUUUUAAGAGAAAAAUAAUUGUAACUUUAACUUUUUGAGAUUGCAGAAUUGUGAGAUGGAAUUGUAAUAUAUAUAUUUGUAAUCCCCUAUUACAAAGUUCAGAAAAUGAC